GGAAGGGGUAACCUAGCAACCAUUGGGCUCAGUGCAGUCACAAAGCAGCAGACUUGUCCACAGCACCGAGGACAUUGCUCCUUGAGUCUGUCCCAGUUUAUGCUCCCACCACCAUUCCAUGGGAGCUCCUGUUACUCAGCCUGACCGCUAAGUGGUCUUCAUUCCAUCAGAAACACUACAAUGGCAACGGAGGUGAGGACUCAGCUGGCUGAACAUCCACUGAAAAAUCCAAAAGCUACGCUGAAACCCAAGAAGUCAGGGCACAGUAGACUGCAGAAAGAACCGGCGAUCCCAGGCAAUGUGGAUUUGGAGGGGAUCCAAGAAGAGCUGAGGGCCCCCAGGCCCCAAAUUGCUGGUGCCUACCGAUUUGGACAUCUCAGCAACCACUCCUUCUUCUCCAGGCAUCACCCCCAUCCCCAGCGUGUGACCCACAUCCAAGGUCUCAGUGGGAAGCCUAUCUGUGUCGUCAGGGACGAGUUCUCUCUGAUAUCCUUACCUCAGUUUACACCCUUAACCCACUCUCCGAUGGGGAUGCCCACCACUUCUGUGCCCAUUGGGGACCCACGGUCAAAUCGGAAUCCCCAGCUCCCUUCUGAGGCCUGGAAGAGGGAGCUGAAGAAGCUGACUUCCCGAGUGGCAGUCUUUACCAAGGAGACAGAGCUGAAGAACAAAGAGGUGGGUGCAGAGCCAGGAAGGAGUCUGGGAAUUGAGGAAGCAGACUCAGUGCUAUGUAAGGAAGUUCCUCGAAGCUCCUCUGUUGGCCCGACGAAGAGGCUAUCAGUGAGGCAGAAGGAGGAGCCUCAAAGGGACCAGAGAGCAAAAUACUCCACUAAAUCCGGAAGGCUCAUCUCCACCUCCACCGAAGCUCUCAGCCACCAUAGCGUCCGCCAGAGUCAGCGGAGCCGCCCUUCCAGCAUAGCUAGAGGAACCCAGGCCUCCCUCCUGCAGGAUCAGGAGCUACAGACUCUAGAACUCCUUUGCCAGAUUCUACAGACGGAUUCACUGAGUGCCAUCCAAUUCUGGCUGCUCUACGCACCCCCUCAGGAGAAAGACCUCGCUCUGGGACUCCUGCAGACUGCUGUGGCUCAGCUCCUUCAAGUUCAAGAACCACCUUUAGAGAAGCUGCAGGCUUACAGUCAAUCCCACAAGAAGACAAAGUCACCACUUCUACCCAAAAGUGAAAGACCAGUGUACAUCGGAAAAGCCCAAGUCCUCCAGGUGCACUUCGGCAAAGACCCAGAAGAGAACACAUCAAAGCCAAAGGCAGAGAGCUGAGGGUGACAGGGCAGAGCUAGGUAACUUCGCCUGCAUUGCCCGCAUCGCCCUCAGGCGGCCCGUGAGUUCCAGGAGUCCCUGCCCCACCACCUGCAAGGAGCCCCUAAUCAUCUACCAGAGUCUGCUAAUAAAGCCCCAUCUUCCUUUGGAAGGGACAGUGCCCCUCUCCUGGCUGAAGGAGUUCUGAGCUUGGGGUUGUUUCUCAGAAGAGAGAGAGCUCCUUGAAACAUCCACUCCCACGGAGAAAGCACAGAUGCUGCUGUCCACAGGAGCUGACCUGGGUCUUUUACAUUCUGGUAAACUGAGAUACAGCUGAGAAACAUUCUGGAACCAAACACCACAGGCUCUGGAUUUGUUAGAACAGGGGUCAGGGAACCCACAUUCUCCUUAGGAUGAUCAUUCUUGCCAAGAAUCAUUCCUUUAUGCGCCAGGGACUGAGGCAGAGACAGAUAAUAGCUGAUGACAUGUGCCAUGUGGGGAACUGUUCUAUGUAACUACACAGUACCACAUGUGAUUCUCCCAAAAGGCCCCAUAGGUAGGCUAUUAAUGUCAUUGCCCCAUUUGGUAAGUGAAUAAACUGAGCCACAGGUGAAACAAUUUGUCCAAAGUCACAGUUAACAAAUGGCAGAGCAAAGAUUAAACCCUAGAUGUCUAGCUCUGGAACCCUGGCUCACACAACAACUCUCCACAAAAGCUGGGGUUACAUUUCUGAAAAGUAUAAAGAGUCAGCUACAUCGAGGAAAAAAGGAGUAUUUAUAAGCAUGAUCCAGAUGACAGCCAUAGUGUCGCUGUCCUUUAGAUUUAGAGACGGUAGCUUUGACCCCCUGGGAAACACACAGAAAGCUGGGGAGGAUUUACAAAGCCAUGGCCAUUUGUGACUCGCCAGACUUAGUUCAUGGGCCAGGUGACUCCAGCCUGUGCUUCUGGUACUGCUGCACAGCCUGUUCAUUCAGAGGACUUCUCUUCCAGUAGUGGUGUCCAAAUCCCCAUUCACACACAACUUGGCAGGUUUCAGGCUGGGUGGGAAUUUGCUGCGAAUCCAGCAAACAGCUUCACAGUAUUAAACCACCCCAUUUCCAGAGUCCUCAGCCUCUCUUCCACAUGCAAUACCUGGGCUUCUCUCAGCCUUUCCCCUGCCACCAGUCUGCCCCCAGAAAUCCCACUUUAGUUCUCCAAUUUUUAAACUGUGGUGAAAUAUGCAUAAUAAGUUUACCAUCUUAGCCAUAUUUAAGCGAACAGUUCAGUGGCAGAACCUGCCUUGGAAAACUGAAACGCUGAACCCCAUUUUUUCUGCCUCAACCCCGGGAAACCACCUUUUUUUUCUGUACCUGUGUAUUUAGCUACUCUGGGUUCCUCAUAUAAAUAGAAUUAUACAAUAUUGUCUAUUGUCUCUAGAUUAUUUCUCUGAACUUAAUGUCCUCAAGGUUUAGCGUUGUGCCAGAAUUUCCUUCCCUAUUAAGGCAAACUCUUUCAUUGCAUGGAUAUAUCACACUUCUUUUAUCCAUUUAUCUAUUGAUGAUAUUGAGUUGUUCCCACUUUUGCCCCCUGCAAAUAGUGCUGCUAUGAGUAGAGCUAUACAAAAGUGAUUGAUUUUUAUGUCACAUGUCAUCAGGAGACCUGGAAAAAUCAGAGUUAGCAAAAAUAGUAGAGUAAUAUUCAUGUCAGAAUGUAUAGCUGGAGUUAGGGGUUGUAGCAUGCAUGAGGUCCUGGGUUCAAUCCCUAGCACCAAAAGGGGAUGUGGUCUGAGCAAGGCUAGUAAAAGAGGCUUGAUAAAGAUGAAGGUUAGAUGGAUAGAGGAUGAGGAGAAAGACUUGAUCUUUGUGGCUCCCUGGGCAGAGCUAAGGUUUGCAGUCAGAAAAGAUGUCAGCCAACAUUUCUGUUGCUGAGAAAUCCAUGCCAUGGCUGGACCUACCUGUGGGUGCCACAGUGAGGGUUUUCCAUGUGCUCUGGGACACCUUUCCCUUGUCACUUAAGAUGACUUUCCAGCCUACUCAUUCCUGAUGAAGUAAAAGAGAACCUGAUUGUUGAGCUAGCAAAUGGACAAGGAGCAGCCAGGAACUGGGUCACUGGGACACUCACUGUCCUGUGUAUUCUGAAGCCAAGACUCCUAGGAGUGGCUCUCUCCUCUUCAAAUUCCAAUCAUUCUAAUCAGGGUUUUCCGAUGUAUGGUCAAAAUACCCAGUGUAACAAACUCAGGUGGCAUAAAGGAACAUUUUGUAUCUACACAUCUGUAUUUAAUUUCAUGUGUAUGAGAAACAACACAUCAGAACAAUGGUGCGUGCAUAUUACUGCUUAGACAAAACUGUAUCUAUUUUGGUGAAAAAGAGAUAAAUGUAAAGAAACAUCGAGGAAUCAUACAACUGUAACAAAAUCCAUGACUUGGUGAUGGGCAUGGCUCAAAUUGAGGGGCAGGCCUGGUGUCCCCGACUGAGAGCAGGACUCCGCAUUCUGAUGAAUCUGGAUUCUAAAUACAGAAACUUCACUUUCUAGCUACAUGACCUUAGCUUUCUCUAGAUCCGUUAGGGACAUGUGACAUAAAAAUCAGCUGUACUCAUAGUAGCAUUAUUUGCAAUGGACAAAAAUAACCCACUGUCAUCAAUAAAUAAAUGGAUAAAAGAAAUGUGGUAUAUCCAUAAAUAUCCAGUGAAAUAAUAUUUAGCCUUUAAAAGGCAGGGCAUUCUGAUACAAGAGUAACCUUGAGAGCAUUGUUGUGUGAAAUAAUGUUGUCAUAGAAAGAUUCCUCUAGUUUCUGCCUAUUGACUUGCCUAUUCUGGUCUUUCACAUAAAUGGUCUUUCCCAUAAGUUUGUACUUCAUUGGCCAUUUGCACAUCUGUUUUGCAGAACUGUCUAUUCAGAUCUUAGUGAGUCUUUAAAAACAAAAUUCCUACUUUGCAUGCAAACAUAUUCCAUUCCAAUUGGAACUCUUCUAGCUCUACAAGGAAAGUGCCUCAGAGGUUUUGUUCAUGUUUGUGUAACUCAGCAGCUCACAAAUUCCACUAAGCUAAGGUCUUGUUUGCUCCCAGAGAUUAUUAACGUAAGGUAAUUAUUGCUUAUAUGCUUUCUUCCUGCCAGCAGGUGGGAAAAAUAAAAGUGCCUAG